CCUACGCCCUUCUUGUGCUUGACGCUGAAGAUGCUGCAGAUCCAGCCCGAAAAGGACAUCAUCGUGGAGUUCAUAAAAAACGAGGACUUCAAGUAUGUCCGAAUGCUUGGUGCGUUGUACAUGAGAUUGACAGGCACUGCCAUUGACUGCUACAAGUACCUUGAACCACUGUACAAUGACUAUCGAAAAAUAAAAAGUCAGAACAGAAAUGGGGAAUUUGAACUGAUGCAUGUGGAUGAAUUUAUUGAUGAAUUACUCCACGAGGAACGUGUAUGCGAUAUCAUUCUACCUCGAUUACAGAAACGGUAUGUUCUGGAAGAAGCUGAGCAACUUGAGCCUCGUGUUAGUGCUUUGGAAGAAGACAUGGAUGAUGUAGAAUCUAGUGAGGAGGAGGAAGAGGAAGAUGAAAAGCUGGAACGAGCACCCUCUCCUGACCACCGCAGAAGAGGCUACAGAGACCUUGAUAAACCUCGCAGAUCUCCUGCUGUGCGAUACAGGCGGAGCCGAAGCAGGUCUCCAAGAAGGCGAAGCCGCUCUCCAAAGAGAAGGAGUCCAUCACCACGCCGGGAGAGGCAUCGCAGCAAAAGCCCAAGACGACACCGGAGCAGAUCCAGGGAGAGGCGCCACAGAUCAAGAUCUAAAUCUCCAGGGCAUCAUCGUAGUCACAGACACAGAAGUCAUUCCAAAUCACCUGAAAGAUCUAAGAAAAGUCACAAGAAGAGUCGGCGAGGGAAUGAAUAACAAACUAAAUCCAGCACACAGUUUAAGGACCUUGAACUGCAGUGUAAUACUGUCCUAUUUGCUUUACGGGACAGCUGGAUAUGUACUGGCUGCUUUAGCAGUCCGUUUCUUUAAUCCUUCUUCUCUUGUGCAAGUCUUGUUUGUUUGUUUUUUUUUAAUUAAAAGAAAGCGAAGGUAACUUUUUAUGUAAUUAUUUACUAAUCCUUGUGAUAGGAUUUGAGGAUUGUUUUUAAAUUGUUUUUCUCAAGGCCUGUAAAAACUAGUGAAGAGCAAUAAAAAAAGGGGGGGGGGUUGUCUUUAAA